AUGGCGUACAUUUGGCCCAACGAACAAGAGCAACAGGGCAACCCUGGCUUCCGGAGCCCGCAGCUUCCAGCGGAGGUUGAGGACUUUGUCCAUACUUGGCUUGCUUGCGGGAACUUGGCCUUGGAAAUUCGCCACGCGAACGACAUCGCUGCUCGCAGUUUCCACAACGUUCUCAAGUACGACCCAGCAAAUAUAAACGCUCUACAUGGACUCACAACCGCCACGCUCUCUAGACCGCUCUUCGAACUGGACUUAAAUAAAGUACACGAGCUCGCCGAAAUCCUCAACUCAGCCUUCAACCACUUUGUGCCUCUCAGAACCCACCCCGAGAUCAGACGCGAUUUGGCAAAUUGCUACUUUCUUCUUGGAGACCUUGAGAAGGCACGCUCCAUCUUGCUUACCACACUAGAGAUCUCCCAGCCCACUGCCUCCAUCUGGCUCACUCUGGGCCAGACGGCGCAGCGAAUGAACAUGCUGCCCGAGGCUAUCGAAAGCUUCAACCUGUGUCUCAGAGCGGCAUCAACGGCGCCGGAGCUGGUGGAAAUGGCACGCAAGGCGCACCUGGAGCUUGCUGCUAUUGCUAACAAGCAGAACAAGAGGGAUCUCGCGGUCUCGGAAUUUACCGCAGCCGUCUCGCUCCCGCCGCCCCCUUACGACCAGUAUAGAGAUUAUGCGUUUCUGUGGGGACUUCUGGCCUUGUCCCACGAGAAAGCCGGCAAUUUGACCGCUGCCGUGGCCACAUGCUUGAAAGGUUUGGACACUGUGGGCGAGGACUCGAUGCUCCUGCUGCUGCAGGCGCAUUUUCUUUUGCAGGAUAACCCCUCGCCGGACGACCUCCAGAACGCCACGAACCUCUUGCAACGGGUGAUACAGAUCAGAAACAGAGAGUGUCAACCGUCCUUUCUCUCCCACUACCUGCUUGGACGCGCAUGCAUCCUGCAGGGCGAACCCACAAAAGCAUACAAGUCGCUACAAAUUUCUUUGAACCUGGCACCACAAUCCGCACUCCCGUGGCUGACCAUCGGCAGCCUGUACCUUAGACUGAACCAGCCCGCAGACUCCCUGAACGCAUACUCGCAGGUGAUCAAAAACGCCCCUAACAACCACCAAAUGGCCAUCGCAAUAGCCUGGGAAGGCCUCGGACAGGUGUACGAGAGAUGUGAAAACCAGUCGCAGGACGCGAUCGACUGCUACGCACGCGCCUCCGAAUGCUACAAACUGUGCAACAGACCGGAAAUGGCCGAAAAAAUGGCGGCCUUUGUGCGCAACUUGGAGAACGGUAAGCACAAUCAGCAGUCGCUGCCGCAGGAUAUGCCUCACUGGGUGAUCAACGAGUCGCUUUGGGAACAGGUGUUCGAGAACUUCGAAACUCCUACAUUCACCGCUGUGCAGCUAGUCCAUGCCUCUCCGCCACCCAACGCGAUCUUAUCAGAUUCUCCACACGGUGCAAAGAGCGGCAGCCCAAGAUCACCGUUACAGGCCGACAUGACCCCUGUUUACUACCCACAGCCUCCGCCGGCUCUUCCUGCUUACGUCAAUCCGAUGAUCCCACCUCAUCCGCGCGCUUUUUACAUACCCCAACAGCCGAUUCAUCAGGUUCUCUAA